AUGUCUGAAGUUUUUGUGUUAGGCGUUAUUGGUGCUGCCCUAAUCGUAUCAUUAGCCCUUAACAUAGUUGCAUGGUUUGUAUUAAUACGGAUCGCUGAUGUAAGCCGUUGAUUUAAAGAAUAUACAUUUUUACAUUUUACCCUUAUAUUUUACGUGGUUGUAUUUAAAAUGUUGCGAUAUCUAGCUGUAAACUAAUAAAAACUAUGCAAAUCUUCCGAAAAAUGAGAAAAUUCUAAUAUUUUUUGGAUAUUUAGGCUUACGUACGGCUACAUUUGUGGAUAAACAAGUUGAAUUAUGGAAGACAAGUGUUGGAUGUGCGGAGUAUGCCUAAGUUGGCCCUACGUUAUUGUGCUGGAAUUGCUGGCUUUAGCAUGAAAGACCUUGAGGACGAACGAGAGACUGAAUUCAGAAGAUUCACGCUAAGAGAAGUUGGUUUUUGAAGCUUAAUGUUUAAAUGGUUAGACAAUGGCUUUAAUAUUGUUUUGAAAAUUUUUUACGGUUUACAUAAUAUAAAAUUUAAUAAUAGGUUUACAUAAAAUACUUUUCACUUCCAGUUCGCUUUCCUUGGAGGUUCACACGAGAUUGACAAGAUUCUUCGUGAAAGCAUUUUCCUAUUUCAAGCCCCCAAGCCUGAAGUCGAUGUUUGUUGCAACUACAAGUGUAUUGGGGCGCCAAUGGCAGGUGGUGGCGGCGGUGGAGGUAAGAAUGAAGUAAUCAAGUCAGCGGUCGAACCAGAGCCAGAAAAACAAUCGCCGAAGCGAGAAGAUAGGAAGGAAGAAGAAAAGGAAGACAAGAAAGAGGAGAAGGAAAAGGAUAAGGAAGACGAGAAGCUAAAGGCGGAUCCGUUCAAAAAGCCAGAGAAGAUGGGCAAGGCCGAGGCUAAGGAUCCACAAUACCAGGUGAGUUUUGGAGGUUUGAAAAGCUUUGAAUUUUUUUUUAAUUUUAAAAUUCAGAUGUUAUAACUUAAAACUGAGGACUUGCGCUCUGAAAGUUUUUUUUUAAUUUUAAAAUUCAGAUGUUAUAACUUAAAACUGAGGACUUGCGCUCUGAAAGUUUUUUUUAAUUUGAGUUGCUUCUUAAGUAUUAUAGCUUUAAAAUGUAUUUUGUCAUUUUACAGACAUUGAUGGGCUUGAAUAACGACGUAUUUGGCAAUGACAAAGACAACAAGCCGGCUGACAUUAAGGCACCUGAAAAGAAGGGCAAGGUCGAUGCUAAAGAUCCUCAGUAUCAUGUAAGUCAUUUAUAUUUUGAGUGAAUUUAAAGUAGGAAAUCUCUUCCGGGAAUGGGUCAGCCCAUGGUAUAGGUCACCUACGAAUACGCAAAAAAGCUUUAAAAUUAUCAUUUUUUGGAAGUACAGUUAUACCACCUUUGGUUAUAUUAUCUUUUUAAAACCAUUUGAAUGUUGUGACAUUCAGACCUUGGCUGGACUUAUGAACGAUGAUCUGUUUGCUCCAAAAGGUGGAGCUAAGAUAAAGAUUAAGGCUCCGGAAAAUGCAAAGGCUGCUGAUGGAAAGGAUCCUCAAUAUCAGGUAGGAAGACGUUUUAUUUCAUAUUUUAAAAUGUCGUUUUAAGAAGUGAUCUUGAUUUUUUUAAACUAGAUGAUAAUUUUCAAAAUAGUCCUGGAGGUACCAUUGGUACUCUUUGAUUGUUAUGACUAUAGUUUUCGAUUCUAGACUCUGGCUGGAAUGAACAACGACGAGGUAUUCAAGAAGGAGGAGAAGAAGGAGGCCAAGUCCCCAUCCAAGAACAAGUUCAAGGCUCCAACUGAUGUGAAGGCUGCUGAUGGCAAGGAUCCACAGUAUAUGGUAGGUCUACGAAUUUUUCAUCGUAAUUUUGAUUUAGUCAUAUAUAAUAGGUUUAUAUCCCUAUAUCAUUAGGACUUGACAAUACGAUGGCACUAAACUAUAAUAUCUUUUGAUUAUGCCAUCUUACAAUUAUUUUAUUUAUCUCAUCUGACCCUUGAUAUUUCAGACCCUAGCCGGCAUGAACAAUGACGAAGUAUUCAAGAAGGAGGAAGGAAAAGACAAGGGCAAGGAUAAAAGCAAGGACAAGAGUAAGAAGAGCAGCAAGAGCAAAAAGGGAAGCAAAGACAAGGGCAAGAAGAAGCCCGAGAAAGCUGAUAAGAAGAAGGACAAAGAGGAGGACGAAAAGAAGGAAUCGGACGACGAGAAGGACGAUGAAAAGAAAUAG